AGCUUUUACUUCUAUACGUUGCAACUUGCAGCAACUUCUACAUUGCAUUGCAUUUUCUUUCCGCUUCAAUUUUUCAAACUGUUCUUACUCUGUUGAACUAAGUUAUGGCGACUAUUGUUGGAGGAGCACUUCUUUCAGCUUCCAUGGAGAUGUUGGUGAAAAAGGUUGUUUCUGGUGAGUUUCUUGAUUUGUUUCGGAGGACUAAGCUGGACGUUGAGCUGUUGGAAAAGCUGGAGAUAACACUGCUGAGUCUUCAAUCUGUACUUUAUGAUGCUGAGGACAAACAGAUCACUAACCCUGCUGUCAAGAAGUGGCUGGAGAUGUUGCAAGAUGCUGUCUUUCAAGCUGACCAACUGUUCGACGAACUCAACACUGAAGCUUUAAGGUGCCAAGCUGAAGGUGGUCAGGUUCUUAAUAAGUUUUUGUCGUAUUUUAAGAGGUUUAAUAAAAAGAUCAAUUCUAAACUACAAAAAUUAUUUGGAAGAUUAGAACAUUUGAGAAACCAAAAUCUCGGAUUGAAAGAAGGUGUUUCCAGCUGUGUUAGGAAUAUAACUCCUACAAGUCCUUUUUUAGGAGAUGAAUCUGCUAUUUAUGGCAGAGAUGAUGACAGAAAGAAACUCAAAGAGUUUUUGCUGUCUGAGGAUGGUUGUGAUAGUGGAAAUAAAAUAGGAGUGAUUUCCAUUUGGGGUAUGGGAGGGUUAGGAAAAACAACACUAGCUAGACUCCUUUACAAUGACCGUGAAGUGGAGGAGAAAUUUAAGGUGAGAGGGUGGUCACAAAUUCCAAAAGAUUUUGAUGCUGUCAGUGUCACUAAAACCAUUUGUGAAUCUGUCACUUCAGGAACAAUUACAGAGACUAACUUUUCUAAAACUAUGUUGGUUGGAAUAGUCUAAGUGAUAUCUUUAAUGUUGGACAAAUAGGAAGUAUGAUCAUCAUCACAACUCGAGAUGAACGAGUCAUACUACCCGAGCAUAAAAAUUGUGUCCACCAUUUAAGAUCUUUGGAAAUUGAAGAUUCAUGGUCUUUACUAUCUAGACAUGCAUUUGUAGAGAGAAACUACCAAGAACAUCCCGAAUAUCCCAAACUAGAAAAAAUUGGUAGAAAAAUAGUCGAAAAGUGUGGCGGUUUACCAUUAGCGGCACUAACAUGUUAGAACAAGAUUUGUUCUGAUCAAUUAUCUUAGUUUUGAUGAUAACAAUAAUAUGAAUUUUGCUUAAGAUAAUAUGGUACUCUAAUCCAAUGCAAUUUCCU